ACAUUCAAGAAUACUAAUGGGAAUUUCUUCGAUGUUUCUCUCAAGUCAAGGUUCUUCGUUAUAAAAUCGUAUAACAUCAACGACGUCGAGGCAUCGUUCCAAAACGGGAUUUGGUCCUCUACAGAUUUGGGAAAUAAAAGAUUGAAUAAAGCCUUCAUUGAACUUAAAAGUUCAUCCUCUACUGAUAAGGUCUUAUUAUUUUUUCUGGUUAAUGGAUCACGUAAGUUCUGUGGGGUUUGUGAAAUGAUUGGCCUGGUCGACUUCAAUCUGUCCAGUAAUAUCUGGUCUGAAACAUCUCGUUAUAAAGGUGUUUUCCCGGUUAAUUGGUUAAUAAUUAAAGAUAUUCCAAAUAAAUACUUCAACCAUUUAUUAAUUCCUUCCAACGAAAACAAACCAGUCACCAACUCAAGAGAUACCCAGGAAGUUCCAUUUGACACGGCAAUUGCCAUACUUAAAAUAUUCAGCACUUUCAAA